AUGGAGAGGAUUGUGAGAAUCCUAAAGGAACAAGGAGAAGGAGCAAUUACAGCUGUCUGCAGCACGCUAAAGAUACCUAUGUUCACUCCUGUUGAGCUUGGUUUUCUGGCAGAGUAUACCAAGACCAUGAGCCCAUUUGCAAAAGCGCUUGAUGUUCUCCAGGGAGAGGCCAAUGUGCAGAUGGGAUGGUUGGUACCUACAAUAACACUACUCCAGACCUGCUGGACAAGUGAUGAAUGUGUCCUAAAACUGGGCCUUGAUUACAUCAAAAGUCACCUGAAGGAACAAGUUGUGGUGAAUGAAGGAGGUGAUACCUACCAUUCUUCGGAGGAGGACUUCUUUUCAGCAAUCAAGCAGUCCAGUUCCCAAGAAAAUACCAAACAGCUGGAGACCUACCUGGGGUGCCCAGGUGAUACAACGGAUGUACUGAAGUCUUUCCCGGCAGUAUGCUGCCUGUCAUUGAGGCUUAACACGGCACUACCUGCCUCCGCUGCCUGCGAGAGACUGUUCAGCACUGCAGGGCUGAUUUUUACACCAAAAAGGGCACGUGUUGAUUCCAAGAACUUUGAAAAUCAGCUUCUUUUGAAGCUAAACAAAGGUUUCUGGUAGUAUUGGAUUCUCUCUCUGUAUCAUGCGAACACACACACACUGAUACUACUAAGUACAUUGAUGCCAAAAAAAGGUUCUGGUUGUUAUGUUAAUUAUGCCCUGGAAGUUAUUCCACAGGUUUUGAAGGGUCUUAGGGUUUCACCCAGCAUCAAGCACACACAGACUUUGAGGUAUACAUGUGAUCACUUGCGGUCUCUCUCUCCCUGUCCCUGAGAUUUGCCUUAAUCGCUGAGCUCCUGCUCUCCAUGGGAAAGUCUUUUUGUUCAAGACUUUUCACCAGUGUGACAGCUAUUUUAUAAAGAAAAGUGUAUCAUAUUUGUGUGUAAAUAUACUGUAUCUAAAUUUGUAUUUUUCACUCACUCAUUCACUGUCCUACACACAAUUUUGUUAUGACACGUUAAGCAUUACAGAUGGUGUGUAUAUCUGUUCUAUACACAAUUACUUUAUGACACGUUACACUAUACAGAAGUUCUGUAUUCCUUAGUUGCUUCCAAGUUCUUUAAGGGAUUCAGGACAAAUCCAUGCACAUCUACAGAUUUGAGGGCAUACAUCACUUGCCAUUUUUCUUUUGCUGGAUAUCUAAUGAGGCUCAGCGCAAAUUCUUUCAGG